ACUUCUUUACACUAACCAACAGCUCUUCUUCCUACUCCAUUGUCAAGCCCGUCGAGUUCGUCCGGAUGGCGGAAAUGCUGAAAUGGAAACCUGGAUUCGGGCCUGUGUUGAAACCGAAGGAUUUGUACCUCCUCGAAGCGGAUCUCGAAAUCCAUCCUAUCCUUGCACAAAAGUACGAUCCGUUUCGGCUGGAGUGUAACCUUAUGACCGGUCGUUGUGUAGGUAUCAAAGGAGGAGACCGCGAUUUAGCUUUUACGAUGAAAGAUGAGAGUGCGACGUUACCGCGGGUGACGGAAUUGAUGAUCAUCUUGCGGGCGAAAACGGCUCCGUGGUGUACGAUUGUGAGGAAUGAGAAGGGUGUGACGUUGGCGGAUGUUUGCGGGACUUUGUGGAAGGAGUAUACGGAGAAUCCGUUGACGGAAGCAGAGUUCAACCUACUCAACCCACGCGAUAAGGAUAAAGUACAAAGACUUGCGUUGAGGCGCGAGUCAGAUGGGUUCGCGAGUGGAUUAUCGGGGAUGUGGGGUGUGGGGAAUGCAGUGGGGUACGCGAGAUGUCGGCGGAUCGACUGCCUAUUUGGAAAAGUGUACUUCGAUGGACUUGAGAGAGAUGAUGAUCUAGCGAAGGAGAAAUUGCGGUUCGUCGCGCCGAAUGUGUUUGUGUUGAGGGUGAGCGAGUGAGCGGCGCUCGUUUCUCAAGUCGAUAUUUGAAUCGUCGCGUGCAAUUUAACUGUUCUAUUCUUGUUGCCGUCAAUAUCAUGCUGUGCUGCGAUAUGCUGUGUCGAUGUUCUUGAUCGGCCUGAAAUAUGAACAUAGUUCAUGAAUGUAUUGAUAUUCUUCAUUGGCCGCACCGCAUCUCGGUGCUGGGCGUCUAAGAGGCAUCUUUUGUAUAGCACAUAUAGUU